AUGGAGCUUUUACAGCAUCUGUUGCUCGAGGUAGAGUCGCAGCUCCAAUGCGAUGGUGGUGCUGGCUCACCAGACUUGCAUAUUAUCGACCUAAACCAACAACUACGAGACAGUGACUACCGUGAAAGGCUGUCUAAACUUCUGUCACAAAUCACAACCUAUGCCAGCUUUGAUCCAGCCGAAUGGACCACAAUUGAACUGCCUCAUGCGUCUUUGCUAUGGCAGCUUCCAGCGUUUUGUAACGAUGGCUUCUUGGUUGAUAAGCGAACUAUAAAAAAUCGCAACUGGGCACUCCGGGUGUUGAAAACGCCUGCAGACCAGUAUACCAACGAUAUCUGGAAUCACGCGGAAGUAAAAGACUGGAUUUCUACCUCUCAGUCAACUGUGUUGUUUGUUAUAGGCAACUCACAAUCCCUGCGACGGUUGGAGAGGUUCAGUGUCGAGGUGAUCGAUCGGAUCGAGAAGGACGAGCCCGUAAUCUAUUUUUUAAGCCCUCUACCAGAUGGCUUUCCCGAACCCUUGGCAUUCUCGACACUCGAUGUUCUGCGUCAAUUAGCCAUCCAGUGUUUGCAGACAUUAUCUAACCCCAAGACACUAGGGUUUCUUGCCAAACUCAACCUCGACUUUAGAUCAGUUAUGGACAGCGAUUGGUAUAGGCUUCUGGCUGAACUUAUGAAAUUUCAGCAACGCAUCACUAUUGUCCUGGAAGUGGGAGUUCUACGCAGCAGGUUCCGAGAAGCUGAUGCGUGGGCAUCUGGGUUCUCGACGCUCAUUCAGUGGCUACAAGGCAAGACAUGUGCUAAAGAUGAAAUUGGAGAAGAAUUAUCUAAUGCUGAUAAUUUGUCUAUGUGUAGUCUUAACGACACUUUGCACAAGAGCCUGGGCGCUGACCAAGCUUCUGAAUCUAGCGCUAGCAAAAGAGCAACAGAACAAUGGUUCAAAAUGCUGGAAACAACAUCACAUGAGUUUAUGUACAAGGAAGUUUUCCAAUCGGAAGUUCCAGUCAAGGUUGCUGUCCUCGAUACUGGAUUCGCUUACACCAAUCCUGACGAUAAGAGAGCUUUGAGACCUUACUAUCAACGCAUCAGAAGAUUCGACAACUUUAUCGAGGGCGAUUCGGACGCUGAGGCCAAGAAGGACCCUACUGGUCACGGUACUGCAGUGGCUGUGCAGAUCCUAAGGGUCAGCCUUAAAGCAGUGUUAUACAUCUGCCGAGUGGUUAGCCCAAACAGCGGCCCUGAUAGAUUAGCCAUUGAAAAGGCUAUAAGAAAGGCCGCUGCUAAACCAGACAAAAAUAGUCCAGAUGGUGGCGGAUGGGGCGUCGAUAUCAUCAACAUGUCGUUUGGUUGGCCAUACCACCAUGAAGGAGUGCGUAAAGCCAUCGAUCUCGCACGCCACAACGGUGUCCAUCUAUUUGCAGCUACCUCCAACGAUGGACUUCUUGGUCCCCCAAACGAUAUUCUAUAUCCAGCACGCUCGGAGAGUGUGAUUGCAGUUGAUGCAGCCGGCGGUCACGGCGAGCAUGCGAGAAGCGCCCCAUCAUCAGCCUCUCAGCAUAGUCGAGGGUCUAGAUUCAGUGCACCAGGUCUCGGCAUUACCUCUCCCAAUAUAAACGAAAUCUUGGAAGGAUCUUCAUUCGCAUGUCCUAUCGUCGCCGGAGUUGCGGCUCUAAUACUUGAGUUUGCUAGACAACCUCCUCUGAGCAGGAGUCCGAGUGUGCAGACCUAUCUCCAGGAAAUUCCUGCCAUGCUUGCUCUAUUGAGACUUGCCAGUAGCGAGAAAGGACCUGACGGGCUUAAGUUUCUCACGCCAUGGAGGCUUAUUGGAAAGCCUGGGGAAGAGAGACUGGUAACCGCGUUGUUUAUUAUUGACGAGUUGAGAAAGGAAUAUGGUUUAGAAGUGGGAAGAGAGUUAUUGCAAGACUUCAAGGUAUUGGAUAAAUAA